ACAAGGAUAUAUAGCAUGGCUCAGCUAAAUAUCUACCUUAUUUAUUGUUGUAUGAAAAAAACUUUUCAACGCAAAGUUAUAGUAUUUCAUAGGCCACAUAUAAACAUGACAUCGCGAUUUAGUGGAGCAUUACAAAUUACAAAUCUAGAUGACUUUAUUACACCUUCGCAGGAAUGUAUCAAACCCAUAGAAAUUCAAAAGUCAAAAAGCAAAACUGGCGCAAAAAUAAAAAUUGAGGAAGACGGGACACCUUUUGCAUUAAAUGAAGCUGGACAAUCAGAAAAAUUACAGAAAGUUGAAAUCACACUUGCUGAUUGUUUAGCUUGUAGUGGUUGUAUUACAUCUGCAGAAAGUGUAUUAGUUACGCAGCAAAGUCAGGAAGAAUUAAUGCGAGUGUUUAAAGAGAAGGUUUCUCGGCGUCAUCAGAGCAAAGAUGAUGCACGUUCAACGUUUAUUGUUGUCAGCCUCUCAGUACAAGCAGUAUUAUCCAUAGCAAAACAUUAUAGUCUUAAUCCAGAACAAGCGUUAAAUAAACUUGCUGGAUACUUUUAUCAGCUAGGAGCAGACAUAGUUUUAGAUAUGACUGUGGCUGAUGACUUUGCCCUUUUAGAGUCUGCUAAAGAAUUUAUAGAACGUUACAAAGCAGCUAAAGAGGGUGCAAAAAAUCAAUUACCCAUGUUGUCUUCUUCUUGUCCUGGUUGGGUUUGUUACGCUGAAAAGACACACGGCAAUUUUAUACUUCCAUAUAUAAGUGUUACAAAAUCCCCUCAACAAAUUAUGGGAUCAUUAGUCAAAUAUCAUUUAGCUGAAACUAUGGACCUUUUACCAGAACAAGUUUAUCACGUUACUGUUAUGCCUUGUUAUGAUAAGAAAUUGGAAGCAUCUAGAGAAGAUUUUUAUAACUAUGAAAGGAAAUUUAGAGACGUAGAUUGUGUCAUAACUCCAAUUGAAAUAGAACAAAUGCUUAGCGAGUAUAAUGUGUCAAUAAAUGAAAUACGCGAAAGGGAAGUUGAAAAACUGUUUGAAUCGCAAAUGGAAUAUUUUAAAACCAAUUUACUUGGUCAUAGCGGUUCAGGAUCAGGAGGUUAUGCAGAAUUUAUUCUUCAUUAUGCUGCAAAACAUCUGUUCGAUGAAACAGAUAUAACAGUUGAAUUUAAAAAUCUGAGAAAUCCUGAUUUCCAAGAAGCAGUCUUCCAGAAGGAUGGCUGCACACUAUUAACAUUUGCAAUUGCUAAUGGAUUUCGAAAUAUACAAAAUCUUGUACAAAAAUUGAAACGCGGAAAGUGUUCAUAUGAUUAUGUCGAAGUUAUGGCGUGUCCCUGCGGAUGUCUUAAUGGGGGAGCGCAGAUUAGACCCUCAAGCAAUAUUCAACCACGCGAACUGGCGUUACAGUUAGAAUCUAUAUAUAGAGAACUUCCUCGGAGUAAUCCUGAACAAAAUACAGUAGUGCAGAAUUUAUAUAGAGAUUGGUUAGGAGGAGAGUGUACAGAUAAAGCUUUGUCGUAUUUCCACACACAGUAUCAUGAAAUAAAGAAAUCAGACACAGCUCUUGCCAUAAAAUGGUAAUUAUGCAAAACCUUUGUCGUUAACUUAGGUAUUUUCUGUAUAAUGUAUAUCACUCAAUGUAUUAUUUAAUACAUAUUAUAUUUAUAUUGUUAAUUAUGGUUAAUUAAACAUUCAUUAUAUUACCGUUA